GUUGUGAUAAACUUAUUAAAUAGAUUUAAGUGAUGACGUUAGUUGAGGGAUUUGGAGAUGAGGUGACACUACUGUUGACCACAACAGUGGUAGUGUUGGUCAUAUACUUUGUCUGGCUGUCUACACAUGUACCUGACAGACCUUUGUUGUAUCUGCAGUUGAGCACAGGGGGAGGUGGCAGUCAGCCGUUUAACAAUGCUGAUAUACAGGGACUGGGAAGGUUCCCCUUUACUCCGGAAACGGAAGAUCUACUGGCUAACACUAACUCCAACUUGACGCCAGACGAGGCAGCAGACAUUGCAGCUGGAACAGUAGCAGAUACUGUGGAAGGCCAGACACAAACAACAGGCUCACUGCAGGAGGAGGCAACCCAGACCACCACUACUGAGAACACUCAUGCUCAGCAGGCCAGGUCAUUCGUCAAUGUUGCAGUUUCUUCAAUUCGAUCUGUAGCAGCACAAAUUCCACAAACAUUCACAUCUUUACGACAACGAAGAAACAGAAGUCGUAAUGAAACCGCUCAUGAAAGUUCAAACGCAACAGAAUCGGAACCAAAUGCAGCAUCCGCCGGUGAUGUUCCUACGAGUAAUGAAUCAAACGAAUCAACAGGAACUGCAACAUCGGCAAACCAGUUCUCAGUUUCUUGUUUGUGUCUAGAGUUGCCGCCUGAACUAAUUGAUCAAAGGAGUUCGUGUUAUUUUAUUAAACUGAAAUUUCUGAAUGACCUUCAGGCGGAAGUUGAGGUUGCACCCUCCGAAAAAGUGUCAGAGUUCAAAUCGAGAGUGUUCAGAAGCGUGCUCUCGGAAGGAGGGCAAGUUAGGUUGAUUUUUGCAGGAGGUCUUCUAAGGGACGAAACUUUUUGCCUGGCAGAUUGUGGGAUAUUUUCUCACUCUGUGGUACAUUGUCAAGUUUUGACUAACAGAGGCCACGUUAACAGUGUUUCAGGAACAUCCAAUGGAAGCUCUAAUUUUGCUAGUGAUUCAAUGAAUUCGGAAAAUAUUGAUCUGAGUAAUUUAUUAUUUCUGUUAUUCGCGGUGUUUCUUUUAGUGCUGUGGUACCUCCGCUUUUCUUAUAGACAUUUAUUCACACCGCCAACGACGUUUACUCUGAUUGCCAUAACAUUAUUAUUUCUUUUAGCAGUUUAUGCCUCGUUUAUUUUGUAAAGAAUUCUCUUUAUGAUCAAUGAAAUUUGCGCCAUUUUGCAAAAAAAAAUUAGCAAAAUGCACAUUGUAAAUUUUGGCUACAUAAAUCAAUU